AUGGCCCGCCAUCCGUCUCUCGACUCUGAGCGGCCCAUCAUGUCCCAUUCGAAUCGAAACUCCAAGCGCUUCUCAACUAUCAGCGGCAGCCCGUCGUUCGCCAACUCCGACCGCACCAUCGGCAGCCUGCCCAGCGGAGACCCCAGAGUCGCCGACAUCACCCACCUCGGCGAUGGCCUCGAGCGCCUGGAGAACAAGCCCCUGCAGGCGCAGCGUUUUGUACCCACUGCAGAGAAGACCGAUAACCUGAACAAGCUGGCUCUGGGUGCCAAGGUGGAGCGCGCGCUGGGACGAAGAAUGACCAGCCAGGAUGCGGUGAUGCGCAAGCCGGUGCUGAGCGAGAAAGCCGCGGCUGCCACGACCACGUCCUAG